AUACUGUCAUUCUUAACCAAGCCUUAAAAUUUUAAAUUUAUCAAAAAUUCAACUGCCUUUUAUUUUUUUUGAAAAACAAAUGCUUAAAUUAUUGUUCCAAUUUAUAGCAAAAGAGCGCAGCCUGCGAAACCUACAGAAGACCUUUCCCUCCCAGUUCCUGAAAUCUCUGACCAUGUCACAACCCAAAGCGUCGGUGAAUCGGCCCACGGACAUCAGUCGUCCAGUGAUCGAGGAACCAAAUUCCAGGAUCAUUUAUCCGGAAGUAAGGAAGGAUACCAAAGUCGAGGAAAUGAUACAUGAGUACAGAGUGCGAGAUGCGUACCGAUGGCUGGAAGAUCCCGAUUCUGAGGAAACCCAACGAUUUGUGAGUGCCCAGAAUAAUAUUAGCCAGCCGUUUCUGGAGAGAAGUGAGGAGUGGGAGGGUAUCAACGCCAAACUGACGAAGCUCUUCGAUUUCCCCAAGUUCGGGUGUCCCAUGCGACAUGGGGAUUACUACUACCACUUCAAGAAUACUGGGUUGCAGAAUCAGAGUGUUUUGAUGCAACAGAAGACUCUGGAGGAUCCCGAGGUGGUUUUCCUAGACCCGAAUACUUUAACCGCCGAUGGAACUACCGCCUUGAGUCAGAAGACCUUCUCCGAUGAUGGGGCCUACAUGGCGUAUGGUCUGAGUGAAAGUGGUUCCGACUGGAACAAAAUCCGCAUUCGCAAGGCAAAGGAGCGCACCGAUUUCCCAGAGACUCUGGAGAAGGUGAAGUUCUCGAAUAUCUCCUGGACGAAGGACAACAAGGGCUUCUUUUAUGGUCGGUACAUCGAUCAGGCUGGCAAAACUGAUGGAUCCGAAACGAAGCAGAAUGAAAACCAAAAACUCUACUACCAUCGCGUGGGAGAAAGUCAGGAUCAGGAUAAGUUGAUCGUUGAGUUCCCCGAACAUCCUUUAUGGAGGCUCCAAACCGAUGUAUCCGACUGCGGAAAGUAUCUGAUCUUAUCCAUAAGUCACACUGUUCGAGACAAUAUGGUGUACUAUGCGGACUUGAAAGAAGAUGAAGCAAUAACUUUCAAGCCCAUUGUUGAUAAGUUUGAGGCUGACUACGAUUACAUAACCAACGAGGGAUCCAAGAUGUACUUCCACACGAACAAAGAUGCCCCCAAAUACAGAGUGAUUGUGAUUGACUUCGACAAUCCGGCGGAGGAGAACUGGACAACCUUAAUAGCCGAACACGAAAAGGACGUUUUGGAGUGGGCCAAGUGCGUCAACGAGGAUAAGCUCGUGGUUUGCUACAACCGGGAUGUGAAGAACAUCCUUCAGGCACUCGACUUGCACACAGGUCAGCUCAUCCGGCAGUUCGGCCUGGAUAUUGGUUCCAUCAAUUCGAUUUCCGGGAAGAGGAAGUACUCGGAGAUCUUCUACGGGUUCUCGUCGUUCCUCACUCCGGGAAUCAUCUACCACUACGACUUCAGCAAGCCAGUUGAGAAGCCAAAGGUACUGAGGGAAAGCACUCUAAAUCUGGAGGGAUUCAACCGGGACGACUUCAGUGUGGAGCAGGUCUUCUAUAGGAGCUCCGAUGACAUGAAUAUUCCCAUGUUUAUUGUGAGGAGGAAGAAGGACGGCGUGGAACCGAGACCCUGUCUUCUGUACGGAUAUGGCGGCUUCAACCACAGCCUGAUGCCCUCGUUCUUCAUCACCGGUCUAAUGUUCGUGGACACCUUCGACGGAGUCCUCGCCUUUCCCAAUAUUCGAGGUGGCGGGGAGUACGGAAUGGAGUGGCACAACGGAGGCAGGUUGCUUAACAAACAGAACGGCUUUGACGACUUCCAGGCUGCCGCGGAGUACCUAACCAAGAACAACUACACCACCAAGGAUCGGUUGGCCAUCCAGGGAGCCUCGAACGGAGGCCUUUUGGUGGGGGCCUGCAUCAACCAGCGACCGGACCUCUUUGGGGCAGCCAUUGCUCAGGUCGGAGUGAUGGACAUGUUGCGGUUCCACAAGUUCACCAUCGGACACGCCUGGUGCUCGGACUACGGAAGUCCCGAUGACAGGACGCACUUCUCGAACCUCUUCAAGUACUCUCCGCUGCACAAUGUGCACAUUCCCCUGAACCCGAACCAGGAGUAUCCCUCCACUUUGAUCCUGACUGCCGAUCACGACGACCGCGUGAGUCCCUUGCACUCCUUCAAGUUUGCUGCCGCCCUCCAGGAGGCCGUGCGACACUCUGAGUAUCAACUGAAUCCCAUCCUGCUGAGGGUUUACACGAAGGCGGGUCAUGGGGCUGGAAAGCCAACCACGAUGCGAAUCAACGAGGCCACCGACAUAAUAACCUUUCUGAGGAAGACCCUCAAUGUCGACAGCGUCAAUCUGUAGGAGAACGAGCAGCACGCUGUUGUAUUUCUGAAAAGUUUUUGCAUUACCACUUACAAAUACUUGAUUGUGAAUGAAUUGGAAAAAUUAUUUAAAUACAUUUGGAACAUUACCUCUGAAACAAUA